AUGCGCCGCAUGCUGUGUUUACUGGUUCUUAUGUUGUACUGCGCCUAUGGGUGUGUGUCGGCUGAUCAACCCUCCACUGAGAUUAAGGCUGCUGGGCAUGGUAUUGGUCGUGUGCAUGGUGUUCAUCCCAGUUCUGGUCCAGUUACUGGUGUUCCUCCAGUUGGGGCUGCUGGAGCUAUUCCUGGUGUUCCUGGUGCUAUCCCCGCUGUUCGCCAUAGUACUGCUGCUCCUGGAGUAAAGGUUCCCGGCUCUCUCCCGCCUGGUACUGGUGCUCCCCCCGGUGUUUCUGCUGUUAAUCAGGGUUAUAAGCCUGGUAAACCCGGUGGUGAAAGUCCGGAGAAUAAUCACCAACACCAUCCUGGAGUUGGUGUGCAUGAAAAGGCUAAUGUUACUCUUGCGAACCUUUUGGGAAUCUCACUUGUUCCAGGUCCAUCUGUCCCUACUACAAAAAAUGUUGGUGUCUCUGGUUUCAAGAAUGAGGAAACCCCGGAUUCAAGUAAACCUUUAUCUGUUUGCCCUGCCACUUCUAAUAAAAGUGGCGUUGUUAUUGGUGGAGUCCCUGGUGCUAAUAAAGUUCCCUGUGUUCCUGGUGUUCCUGGUGUUCCUGGAACCGUUGGGGCUAACUCUGUUACUCUUGGAAAAGACAACGGUAUAAGUGUGCCCAAAGAAAAAGCUUUAGACCCUACCGUCCACAACGUUACCCAUUCUAAUGGUGCACCUCUUCAAUCAGACCACAAUGCUGUUCCUAAAGAAGGUGAUCUGCAAGAUCACGUUGAUAUUAAACCUGCUUUUACUUUACCUGCUCCUGUUGCUCCUAAUGGUACACAGGCUGCCGCUGCAAAUCGUUCUGAAUAUACUGGUGUGCCUGAAGCUGUUCUUCAUGUUGGUAAUGGCAGUAGUAGUGCUGCUCGUGCUCGUUUUUCUCGUCCAGUUACUCAUGCCCCUGAUGCUGAUUCCCAGAGUAAUACAGACUCCUCAGAUACUUCAAGCACUCAAAGUGAAGCGAAUGGUCAUCAGGCAGAGAGUUCUGCAUCAUCUUCACCUAAUGAAGUUAGUGGUGCACCUGCA